AUGCGUUUCUUGGACCUCGGGAAUUUGGAAGACGGAACGGGAAGGGAACAGUCCACUGCUCAACAUCGCACCUACAGGGCGGUACCACUGGAAUCAAAUUGUUCAACACAAUUCGAUCUAUCCAGCUUCCCUCUCUCAAAGAGGCUGUACUUCUGCACACCCAAGGGAGGAGAGGAUGAUCAGAUCCUCCCCCCUCCCCAGUCCCUGGAUCUGAGAUAUGCAUGUUUGACCCGGUGCAUAACUUGGAAGGAGAGGUCAUUUGAGAACCCAGGGGGUGGGAAGCGGAAAGAGGAAGAGAAAAACAAAAAGGGGGAGAGCACCAAAGUCCCAAGCAGAUGUUUAUGGUGUUCCCGCAGGAAUGGCGCACUCCACUCUGGGGCGCCGGGGAAGAAGAGCUGGAGCCGUGGGGCGAGCGCCACUUGA